GGGUGGAACGGUUUCCCUCCACAACCACUUGCUCCUCAUCUACUUUUCUCCUCCGCCUUCCACUCAUCCUUGCCCCUGCCUGCCGUCGUGCAUCAUCAUCUCCGGCCAGGGCCAGGGCAUCCCGGUCCGGCCUCCUCCACUCUGCGCCCCCCAGACGCGUCGCUGCGUAGCUGCUGGCCGCCAUGGCCACCGUCAUGGCCGCGGCCGUCUCGUCCUUCCCGUCCUCCUCGGCCGUCGUCGCCAAGGCGUCGCCGGCGUCCCCCUGUGCCGCCCCGCACUUCCGCCCGAGGGCCGUGCGGGCCGCUAUCCGGGCGCAGGCGUCCGCCGUCGAGGCGCCCGCCACGGCCAAGGCGAAGAAGGAGUCCAAGAAGCAGGAGGAGGGCGUCGUCACCAACCUAUACAAGCCCAAGGAGCCGUACGUCGGCAGGUGCCUCCUCAACACCAAGAUCACCGGCGACGACGCGCCGGGGGAGACGUGGCACAUGGUCUUCAGCACCGAAGGCAAGAUCCCGUACAGAGAAGGCCAGUCCAUCGGCGUCAUCGCCGAUGGCGUCGACAAGAACGGCAAGCCGCACAAGGUCAGGCUCUACUCCAUCGCCAGCAGCGCGAUCGGCGACUUCGGCGACUCCAAGACAGUCUCGCUGUGUGUCAAGAGGCUCAUCUACACCAACGAUGCCGGAGAGAUCGUCAAAGGAGUCUGCUCCAACUUCUUAUGUGAUCUUCAGCCAGGUGAUAACGUCCAGAUAACAGGACCAGUCGGCAAAGAAAUGCUGAUGCCCAAAGACCCAAACGCUACCAUUAUAAUGCUUGCCACCGGUACAGGUAUCGCUCCGUUCCGAUCGUUCCUGUGGAAGAUGUUCUUUGAGAAGCAUGACGACUACAAGUUCAACGGUCUGGGCUGGCUCUUCCUGGGUGUUCCAACGAGCAGCUCGUUGCUCUACAAGGAGGAGUUCGGGAAGAUGAAGGAGAGAGCGCCGGAGAACUUCCGGGUCGACUACGCCGUCAGCCGGGAGCAGACGAACGCGGCGGGGGAGAGGAUGUACAUCCAGACCCGUAUGGCGGAGUACAAAGAGGAGCUGUGGGAGCUCCUGAAGAAGGACAACACCUACGUCUACAUGUGUGGGUUGAAAGGCAUGGAGAAGGGUAUCGAUGACAUUAUGGUGUCACUGGCUGAAAAAGACGGAAUCGACUGGUUCGACUACAAGAAGCAGCUGAAGAGGGGAGAUCAAUGGAAUGUGGAGGUCUACUAACCGCUGAAUUUUGCAGCUGACAUUUUGUGUUGUGCCUAUCUGUAAGUGAGGCCAGGGUGUACUGCGUAUAUAAUGUAGAUAGUGAGUGUGUUCUGAGUUUUUUUUUACUAUUGCCGUCUCUGUUUAUAGAUUUGUAUAAGUACUCUUAAUGUUAUGCCUAUUCGAUUUUUUAUAUGAGUAAUGUGAUCAAGUGCCCAAGAAUUUAUGUUCCCACAUUAUUUUUUGAAUU